AUGUCGUUCCGCACUCACCAUUUCCAAACUCAACAUCUGCAUCAACCUCAACACCAUCUUCACAGUCAACCAUCUCCGCAAUCUCCUCCGCAUCCGCUUCGCCAGUCACAAACCAUCGACUUUGGCACCGCUACAUCACCCUCCAACCUCAACCGCUUUCCUUCGACAACAUCCUCAUCCGCGUCGUCUGGCUAUUCGCACGCCUCUGAACAUAGCCUCAACAGCGGGUACACAUCCGUCUCUAGUUCAGCCGGCUACGGUCAAACAGCUCCCGGUCAUAAACGUGCCCAGAGCGAUGUUAGAGCAAGAGCAAAGACUUUUGAAUCCGGGCAAAUGACGAGCCCCAAGAAAUCCAUCGACAAUCCCUACGGAUCCGUUCGACAAUCUCUUCGACCGCUUCCUCAGGCUCCUGCAGCCUCCCCGCCAGCUACACCUCCUCAUAAGUCGCCCCGCCAUGACCGUGGCAAGAGUAUCGAUAUAGGCAAAUUGUCCUUGUAUGAAGAUGGUCGUGCCUCACCUACUUCGCCUUCUCGACCAACAAUGAUGCGACCCAACUCGAUGCUUCUGACAAGAUCCGACUCAGUUCGCCCACCGUUGCCUCAUCAUGCUACGUCACCACACCAUGUGCAUGCGCAUAGCACAACCCUAGCUCGUGAUGAACUGGAAGGGUUGGGCAAGUCUUCGACAAGUCAGCUGAGGACGCUAUCUCGCCUAGUAUCAUCAGACGCGGCCGAUGACUUCACAAUCACCUCGCCUGCACAAGAAGUUGUUGGUUUGCGUGGUCGGCGCAGGUUACAACGGACAGACAAGACCAAUGGAGGUCGCGGCCAGAAGUCGACUGGCUAUAGCUGGGAGGGCCGAAAUUGGAUGGACAAGCAGCGUCAGUUCCUUCAAGCCUACGAAUAUCUCUGCCAUAUUGGUGAGGCCAAGGAAUGGAUUGAAGACGUCAUCCAAAAGAACAUUCCUCCUAUCGUUCAACUCGAGGAAGCCCUUCGCGACGGUGUUACUCUGGCCGAGGUUGUAGAGGCACUCAAUCCCGAUAGACGGUACCGAAUCUUUCAACACCCCAGGCUUCAAUACCGACAUUCCGACAACAUUGCCAUCUUCUUCCGAUACCUCGAUGAAGUGGAACUUCCGGAUCUGUUCCGCUUCGAGCUCAUUGAUCUGUACGAGAAGAAGAACAUCCCCAAGGUCAUUUACUGCAUUCAUGCCCUUAGUUGGCUCCUGUUUCGAAAAGGCAUAGUCGACUUCCGCAUCGGUAACCUCGUGGGUCAACUCGAGUUCGAGCACCAUGAGCUGGAGGCGAUGCAGAAGGGUCUCGACAAACUUGGAGCGAGCAUGCCCAGUUUUGGCAACAUGGGCGCUGACUUUGGCGUUCCGGAACCUGAGCCUGAGCCUGAAGAGACUGAAGAGGAGAGAAUCGACCGUGAGUUGGCAGAGAAUGAGGAGUCUAUCGUUGACCUACAAGCCCAGGUCCGAGGUGCCCUUGUUCGCGUGCGACUUGGCGAUGUCAUGCAAAGGCUCUGGGACGAGGAGGAGUGGUUGAUGGACCUCCAGUCCCGAAUCCGCGGCGACUUUACCCGGCAGAUUAUGGGAUACCGACUGGAGAUGAGAACCUUUGCUGUCAAGCUGCAGAGCGUAGCACGAGGCUUCUUGGUCCGGAGGAGGAUGGGUCGACGGGAUCAAAUCCUGGAAGCACUGGAGCCUGAUAUCCUCGAGUUGCAGAACAUGAUUCGGGCUAACAAGGUCCGAAAUCAGGUGCAAAACUUGACUUCCCAGCUCGAGGUGUGCGCAGGUCCCACCAGACAGAUCCAGGCCAUCGCGAGAGCCUUUCUGGUCAGGAAGAACCAUACCGCCCAGUACGAGGAGACCAAGGAGACGGCUGCUACUGUCCAGAAACUGCAGGCGGCUGUUCGCGGAGCAUUGCUUCGUGGAAAGAUGGAGCAAGAUCUUCAAGAGCUGGAUGCCCAAACACAUGCCAUCACCGACCUGCAGGCAGCGGCGAGAGCAUUGAUGACUAGAAAUGACAUUGGCCGCCAGCAAGAGCAACUCAAGGCUUUCGGUCCUCAGUGGACCUCUCUCCAGGCCUUUGCUCGGGGUCUCCGUGCUCGAAAGGAGACGGACGCAGUCAAGGCCGAGCUCGACAAGCACAUCAACGACAUUGGCAAGCUUCAGGCUUUUGCCCGUGCAGCAGCAGUUAGGAGAGAUGUCACGAGCUUGCUUGACGCCCUGCAAGAGAAUGAACCUGCUGUGAUUGACCUGCAAGCAUUCAUUCGAGGUGCUCUCGAACGAAAGCGAGUUGGAGCAGACUUGGAUGCGCUUGAAGAGCAAGAGCCUCAGAUUGUGGACCUCCAGAGCAAUAUCCGAGGAUUCUUGUACCGAAAACAACACCAAGCCUUCCUCGAUGAGCUGGCUUCCCACACACCGCAGAUUAUCGAUCUUCAGAGCAUUCUUCGAGCCAUGAUGGAGCGCGCUAGAGUCGAAGACAUCAUGGCAGAGCUGGAGCAAGAGGAGGAGUCAAUUGUCGAGUUCCAGGCCGCUGCCAAGGCCUUUAUCGUCCGGGCUCGAUUCGAAGAGAAGAGACGGUUCUUCAACGAGAACAUGCAAAAGGUCAUCAAGAUCCAGAGCUUUGUCCGUGCCAAGGUACAGGGUGAAGCUUACAAGAGCUUGACGACUGGCAAGAACCCUCCUGUCAACGCCGUCAAGAACUUUGUCCAUCUUCUCAACGAUAGUGACUUUGACUUCAACGAGGAAAUCGAGUUUGAGCGGAUCCGCAAGACAGUCGUCCAGCAAGUGCGACAAAACGAGCUUCUGGAGAACUAUAUUGACCAGCUCGAUAUCAAGAUCGCCCUCCUGGUCAAGAACAAGAUCACCCUGGACGAGGUUGUUCGACAUCAGCACAACUACGGAGGCAACUCGAUGGGCUUCCUCGCCAACAGCUCCAUGUCCUCUGCCAACCAGUUCGACCUCAAGGCCCUCAACAAGAGCUCAAGAAAGAAGCUUGAAUCUUACCAGCAACUCUUCUUCAACCUCCAGACCCAGCCCCAGUAUCUUGCUCGACUCUUCAAGCGUAUCCGGGAGCAAGGAACGGCUGAGAAGGAAUGCAAGCGCAUUGAGCUCCUUAUGAUGAGCCUCUUUGGGUAUGCCCAGAAGCGACGAGAGGAGUACUACCUUCUGAAGUUGAUUGCCCGUUCUAUCCGUGAGGAGAUUGCUGGAGCUAGAGCCGUCCAGGACUUUAUCCGCGGCAACUAUUUCUGGUCCAAGCUCCUCAGCAACUACACUCGCUCACCUCGCGACCGCAAGUAUCUUCGAGACCUUCUUGGCCCUCUUAUUCGGGACAACAUUGUCGAGGACCCGGCUCUCGAUCUGGAGAGUGACCCUAUGCAAAUCUACCGAUCAGCCAUCAACAACACCGAGUUGGCCACUGGUCGACCCGACCAAAGACCACUGGAUGUUCCCCGAGAAGUUGCCAUUCGCGAUCCUGAGACCCGACGACUCUUUAUCGAUCAUCUUCGAGACCUUCGAGAGAUCUGUGACCAGGUGUUUAUGGCUCUGGAAGACCUUCUUCACAAGAUGCCCUACGGUCUCCGCUUCGUGUGCAGUCAGAUCUUUGAGGGCCUGCGACAACAGUUCAAGCGGGAGUCCCCAGAGAGCCUUCUGCAGGUCGUUGCGAACUGGCUUUGGAGAUUCUACCUUCAACCGGCCGUGACGGCACCCGAGAACGUGGGUGUGAUCGAAAAGACUCUGAGCCCUCUGCAGAAGAGGAACCUCAGCGAGGUCGCCAAGGUCAUCAGCCAGGUUGCCUCUGGUCGACCUUUCGGCGGCGAGAAUGUCUACCUGCAGCCCCUGAAUGCCUUUAUCGCCGAUUCUAUCGAGCGUCUCGUCCAGAUCACCGGCGACCUCAUUGCUGUUCCCGAUGCUGAGAGGACGUUUGAUAUUGACGAGUUCAACGAUCUGUACGCCAAGAACAAGCCAACCCUGUACAUCAAGAUGACAGAUGUCUUUGCCAUCCACAACCUGGUGGCAUCGGAGCUUCAGACAAUAUGUCCCGGCCGUGAGGACGUUCUCCGGGAGAUCAUGCACGACCUCGGCAGUGCUAAGAACAACGAGAGCGAGAUGAACGCCGCCGGAUCCUCGGAUAUCCAGAUGUUUCUGACACCCAAGCUGCACGACAUUGACGACCCUGAGGCUGAUGUUAAGUCUCUGUUCAUGGAGACCAAGCGAUGCGUGCUGUAUAUUAUCCGCGUGCAGACUGGUACCAACCUGCUCGACAUCCUCAUCAAGCCCAUCUCCCCUGAGGACGAACACAAGUGGCACAUGCUGCUUCGUGACGACUUUUCUGAUGGCAGCAAUACCCGAGGAGCCUACUCCGACUCCAACAUGAUUGAUGUCACCCGGAUGUCGUACCAGGAGCUCAAGAGAACAGCGCUGGAGAAUGUGAUGAGGCUGGAGAAGCUGGGCCGCAUCUCCAAGCACAACUGCUACCAGGAUGUGCUCAACGCCAUCGCGCUUGAUAUCCGCACCAAGAGCCGUCGAAGAGUCCAGCGACAGCGAGAGUUGGAGGGUGUCCGCAUGACUCUUAGCAACUUGCACGAGAAGGCUAAGUACCUCGAGCAGCAGCGCAAGAGUUACGACGACUACAUUGAACAAGCGAUGAAGACCCUCCAGAACAAGAAGGGGAAGAAACGCUUCCUGCUCCCCUUCACCAAGCAGUACAACCACCAGCGCGAGCUUGAGCGCAGCGGUCGCGUGCCCAAGUUUGGCAGCUUCAAGUACAGCGUGCGCCAGCUCUCGGAGAAGGGUGUGCUCGUGUCGUGGACCGGUGUGGGCGAGCGCGACAUGGGCCAGAUCAACCUGACCAUCUCGUGCGACGAAGUGGGCGUCUUCAGCCUCGAGGGCUCACGAGGACACAUCCAGAUCCCCGGUGCCAGCGCCCUGGUGCCCAUCGAGGACCUCCUGCAGGCUCAGUUCGAGUCGCACCAGUUCAUGACGCUUUUCGAGGGCAACCUCAAGCUCAACGUCAACCUGCUGCUGCAUCUGCUGUACAAGAAGUUUUACCGAACGCAGUAAAGCGAGAUUCAUGUAUACUUUUUCUUUUCUUCAUUGGCUGCCCCUGGAGGGAAAAGCGACUGUUCAGGCUGGCCAAGUUCAGGGGGGAGGAUAUACGUACGAGACUGGAUGAAGCAUUGCAAUCGGCGCGAUGACAGGGUAUUGCGCAAAUGCGUGUUGUUUUUUGACUUGUUUUAUCUUUUUGUUUUCAGGUUGCUCUGCGUGGGAGGAGAUGGUGGAAGCGCUCAAGAGGCAUGAACUGCAAACGACGACGACAACCGAAAAAAUACUCACGACGGGCAUUCAUUGGGACAAAGCGGAGUAGGGAAGGCAAGGGAAAGGGAAAGGGAUGGAAGGGGAAACAGAGAGAAUUGUUGAUGCUUUUUUUGUGUUGAUGCCUUUGAAAGGGAGAAACAGGGACGGUCGCUUCGGAUGGUGUGUGAAGGGAUUGAUUGAUUGAAUUACUAGGAUAUCGUUUCUGAUUGGCAUAAUGUAUGAAAAUGGCAUUAGAGCCUAUUAUCAAGCG